AUGCCAGAAUUAAUCAAGGUCAAAAUGAAUGGGGUUAUACCGAGUGUUCCGAUCACUACCCUCGCAGGUAUCGCGAGUCUUACAGACUUAUUGCCGGAAAUGCCCCUACCAACACCUUUACCGCAAGCUGUGACAAAUAAGUCAUUGUUAUUUCAUGCACGUGUUGCAGAAGAAGCAAAAUUACAGCUUAGUAAUAGAGAUGAAACAUUAGUACCACAAUUGAUUCAAGCAUUAUCGCAAACAUCAUCUGAUAAUAUUGAAUUGAAAGAUGAAUUUAUCGCACAAUCUGAACAACCGUACUCUGAAUCAGAACAACACACUCCAGAAUUAUUAAAAGCUAUAUUAGAAAUAAAUCCUCAUGUAUUCAAAGGUCCACAAUAUAAUAAUUCACGAAGAAUUUGGCCUUGUCCGAAUGCCUCACAAUUAACGAACGCUAAUCAGUCACCAGCAAAUUAUGGGCGAUUUUCACCAUCAUAUUCUAAUUCAUCAGGAUCAAGACAAACACCUCAAGGUAGUCCUGCUCAACCUGCACCCGCUAGAACUGUAUUACCAUCACCACUUUUAAUUUCAACAACAGUAACAACAACAACAGCAACCUCAGCAACCAGUAAUAUAAGUCACAUUCAACAUUCUAGAAUGCCAAUUACACCACAUAAUCAUACUGAUAUCUCACAAUUGUCUCCUUUCGCUGUGCCUUCACCAUCACCUCGUGCAACUGUUAUUACGGAACAAAUAAGAACAUCAACAACACCACACCAUCAUAUACAAGAUGAUGCCAAUGCUCACAUGGGAUCUCCAAGUACUGCAACAACAAUUAUUCAACAACAACCACCGCAUCAACAUCAACAACAAAUUAAUACUCAUGUUGUACAGCCACAUCAUCAUAACCUUAGUGGUUUGACACCUCAACAUUCAAUGCAUAUUACAUCUCCAAUGCACAGUUCAAUAUCAAAUCAACCAAUCAAUAUUAAUUUACCACAAUCUAUGUAUGAUCCAAUAAUUAAUCAACAGUUACAACAGCAUCCUAUCAAUGUUAAUCAUCACACAUUGGACCUUGCUAAUGUUGUACAAGAUAGCUCACAAUUUUUACUAGAUUCUGUUUCUGGACUUCCUGAUAUUGAUUUACCAAUGGAUACCAUUGAUCCUAAGCCACAAAUUCAACAGGGUGUUGAUAAUUUAAUGAAUCAACAACAGCAGCAGCAGCAACAACAACAACAACAACAACAACAACAACAACAACAACAACAACAACAACCACAACCGCAACAAUCUGAGCCAGUAGUUAUGUUGAAUAGAAUAUCACUAUCAGAUCAAGUUCUAAUGCAACAAAAAUCACCCAGCCGCGGAGCAACAAAAAUGGGAUUAAAAAACAAUAACCAUAAUAGUAAUCAGGAUAAUUUAAAAUCAGAUUCAGAAACUGAUGAUGAUAAUGGAAAAAAUAAUAAAUCAUUAUUUAAAUCAUCACCAUCAUCAUCUCGAACAAAAGAUCGUAAUUUACGAGCUCGAAGACGAAAACGUAUAUUAGAUGAUGAUGACGAAAUGGAGUGUGGUGAUGACGUAGCGGAUGAUGAUAAUAAUGAUAAUAAAAAAGAAAUAAUACAAACAUCACCGAUAAAACCAAAAAUAAGAAAAAUAGAAAGAAAAUUAGUACCUGUAUUAGCAAAAUUGAGCGUUGAUGAAUUAAUGGAAACAAAUACCUAUCAAUUAUUUAAUUCAAUGAUUGAUACAAUAUUUGAAAAUACAGAGGAUGUUGUUACAAUGGGUGAAAUAGAUGAUGAUGGCGAUGUACCAGCAGAAAUACUUAUACAAAAAUAUGAAUUACAAGCAUUAUGUAAAGAAGCUGCUAAAUUAAAAUCAUUAAGAGCUAUGGAAUCUAUUCCAGCAGACAGGCUGGUAAGAUUAUUAAAUAUAUUGGAAAAAAAUAUUCGUGAUGGUGCUAGAGUAUCACCUUUGGCUGAUCCAGAUGAUGAUGUUGAAGAAAGUAAAUUGUGGAUGCAAAUGGCCAUGGAAAGGGUAUUACGUGCUGUUGAUGCAUCUGUAAUAGCAUUAAAUAUAAUGACAUCACAAAAUAUGCCAAAAACAGUAUAUUUAGAGGAUGUUAUUGAUCGUAUUGUAUUAUUUAUGAAAUUUCAAUUACAAAAUACAAUAUAUCCAUCAUUUGAUCCUGUUUAUAGAAUAGAUUCAAAAAAUAAGACUGAUAUGAGUUUGAAUGCUGGACGUAAAAAAAGAGGUAAUAUGAAAGAGGUACGUGAAAAAAGUAUACUUGAAGUUUACAAUAAAAUGCGUGAACUUGUUGGUUUACUUGCUGAAUUAUUAAAUAUACAAGUAUUAACUGAUACAAGUGUACUUCAUGCAUCAACACUUGGUGUUGCACCAUUUUUUGUUGAAUCUGUUAAUGAUCUUCAAUUAAGUGCAUUAAAACUUGUAACUGUUAUUUUUACAAAAUAUGAAAAACACAGAAGAUUAUUAUUGGAUGAUAUUCUUGCAUCAAUAGCAAGAUUACCAAGUAGUAAAAGAAGUUUACGUACUUAUAAACUUCAUUCUGGUACUGACAUUGAUUAUCGUCCAUUAUUUGAAAAUUUUAUUCAAGAUUUAUUAGCUACUGUUAAUAAACCGGAAUGGCCAGCUGCUGAAUUACUAUUAAGUAUAUUGGGAAAUUUACUUGUUGGACAUUUUUCAAACAAAAGUUCAGAUAUGUCAUUACGUGUUGCUUCUAUUGAAUAUCUUGGAGUUGUUGCUGCAAGAUUACGAAAAGAUGCUGUUAAUUCUCAAUCUGUUAAUGGUACUAAUGAUCCAUCAUUAAUUUAUGCACCCCAAUGGUAUCGUGAUUGUGAGCAUGAAAAAACACGUGUUGGUCAAAUAAAAUCAUCUCCAAUUAAAAAAUCAUCAUCAUCACCACAUAAAAGACGUUCACAUAAUAAUAAUAAUAAUAAUAAUAAUAAUAAUAGUGGUAGCGGUAGCAGUAGUAAUAAAAAUCAAAAACGUAAUAAACAUUAUAUUGAAAGUGAUAAAGAAAGUGAUGAUUCUGAUAUUGAAGAAUUAGAUUCGGAUGAAAAUGACAAUAAUGAAAAAAAAAAUUUUGAAGCUUAUAGAAUAAUAGAAGAAAAGAAAAAAUUUAUAUUAACUUCAAUCCGUCCUUGCAGUUCAUCAACAAAACCAGAUAUCUUACAAACAUACAUUGAUUAUAAUUCAGCAGAAUUAAUAUCACAAUAUUUAGCAUCUAAAAGACCAUUUUCACAAAGUUUUGAUAAAUAUUUAAAACAAAUACUUCAUGUAUUAACAGAAUCAUCUAUAGCUAUAAGAACAAAAGCUAUGAAAUGUUUAACAACAAUUGUUGAAGCUGAUCCAAGUGUACUUGCACGUGGUGAUAUGCAAUUAGGUGUCCGACAUUCAUUUUUAGAUCAUUCAACGUCUGUUCGUGAAGCUGCUGUUGAUUUAGUUGGUAAAUUUGUAUUGAGUAGACCAGAACUUAUUGAUAAAUAUUAUGAUAUGUUAUUGGCUAGAAUACUUGAUACUGGAGUAAGUGUUCGUAAAAGAGUUAUUAAAAUUUUAAAGGAUAUUUGUGUUGAGUGUCCAGAUUUUUCUAAAAUACCUGAAAUAUGUGGUAAAAUGAUACGUCGAGUUAAUGAUGAAGAGGGUAUACGACGAUUAGUUAUGGAAGUAUUUCAAAAUAUGUGGUUUACACCUAUUAAAUCAACUCCAAUACUUGAUUCAAAAGCAUUAUUAAGAAAAGUUAUGAAUAUAACAGACGUUGUUGCUACCAAUAAAGAUGCUGGAUUAGAAUGGUUUGAACAAUUACUUGUUAGUUUAUUUAAACCUAAAGAAGAUAAAGAAGACAGUACUAAAUUACUAACUGAACCACCAAAAGCUUUAUUAACAGCUUGCCAACAAAUAGUUGAUUGUUUAAUUCAAAAUAUAUUAAAAUUAGAUGAACAAUCAAUGAAUAAUUCAGAUGCUGUUAAUAGUAGUAGUGUUAGUGGUAACAGAAAUAAUAAUAAUAAUAAUAAUAAUAAUAAUAAUAAUAAUAAUAAUAAUAAUAACAAUAGAGAUGAGAAAAAAGGACCACCAUCUCAACGACUUGUUGCUUGUAUGACAACACUUUAUUUAUUUGCUAAAAUACGACCACAAUUAUUAGUUGAACAUGCUAGUACAUUACAACCGUAUCUUGGUUUAAAAUGUCAAACACAAGGUGAUUAUCAAAUAAUAAGUUGUGUUGCUCAUACAUUAGAGCUUGUUGUACCAUUAAUGCAACAUCCUAGUGAAACAUUUUUAGCACAAUUAGAAGAGGAUUCUAUUAAAUUAAUUCUUCAACAUGAUAAAUCAGUUGUUGCUAGUUGUUUAUCAUGUUUAGGAUCAAUUGUUAAUAAUGUUACUAAAAAUUUCAGUUUAAUACGUGAUUGUUUUACUAAAUAUUAUAAAUAUUUAACAUAUUAUAAAGCUGGACAUGAAAUAGAUCCAAAUAGUCAAAAAUUAUUAAAUGGACGUCCAUUAUUUAGACGGGCAUUAUUUACUGUUGGAUUAUUAUUACGACAUUUUGAUUUUACAGAUCCUCAAGUAAUAGAUGGCUUAUCAGAUAAUAUUAAAGAUCAAGUAUUUGAAACAAUGAGUUAUUUUGUUAAUCAAGAUAAUAAUGAUAUACGUCAACAUACAUUAACAGCUAUUGGUUCUAUUUGUAUUCGUUAUUCAGAAUUUAUGUUACAACCUGAAUUAAAAGAACUUUAUCAUUAUUUAUUAACAUCUGAUAAUGCAUUAGAUAAUAUGAAAGUUCAAGUAUUAAAUAAUAUUGAAAUAUAUUUACAAGAAGAGGAAAAAAGAAUGAUUAAACAGGAUCAAGCGUGGGCUAAAUUAUGUAAACAAGAAAAUUUAAAAGAAAUGGGUGAUGUAUCAUCUGGUAUGGCUAGUACUAUUAUACAAUUAUAUCUUAAAGAAAUACUUGAAUCAUUUAUAAAUCCAAAUCUUCGUGUACGUCAAGCAGCAUGUAAAGUUAUACAAUUAAUAUUAGCUCAAGGAUUAGUUUAUCCUAUUCAAAUAAUACCUGUUCUUAUUUGUAUGAGCACUGAUAUUGAUGUUAGUGUUAGUCAUAGUGCUGAUAAUCAAUUACAAGAAAUAGAAAGAAAAUAUCCUAGUUUUAUUCAUAUGCAAUCACAGUAUGGAAUUAAAUUAAGUUAUAGACUUCAAAAAAUAUUACAAAAUAAUAUUACUGUCAGAGGUAUGAGAUUAAAAGAUGGUGAAUUUCCCAGUGCAUUAAAUGGUUUUUUAUAUACUAUAUUAAGAAAUACUAAACAACAACGUCGUGCUAUUGCUAUUUCAUUUUUAAAACAAUUUGAAGAAUCUGCUAAAUCAAGUUUAUCACAAAUGUUAUAUCUUGCUGAUAAUUUAGCAUAUUUUACAUAUCAAGUUCAAGAUGAACCACUAUUUAUUAUUCAUCAUAUUGAUAUUAUAAUAUCUAUGUCUGGUGAUAAUUUAUUACAAUCAUUUAAAGAAGCUUUAUUACCUAAAAUAAUAACAAAUAAUGCUAAAAUAAGUCAAUAUUCACCAUCUGAAUCUGCCAAAGUAUAUGAAAAAGCAGUUACACGUAAAAGUACUGCUCAUUUUAAUCCAAAAGCUACAUUAGCUAAACUUCAAGAAAAUGUCAGUGAUAAAGAACUUGAUGAUAAUGGAAGAAAAAAAUUGGCUGCUGAAUAUCUUGAUUUUAAACAGCUAAUGCUUAAAUUUGAUCCUAAAGAGCCAGAUGAAGAAACUACCGCCGGUGGUGGUGGAACAGGUAAUAAUAGUACUACUGUUAAUAACACUAAUACUGCUGCUAGUGGUGGUCAUCCAGGUAAUGGUGAUAAUAACGAUCUGUCUUCAAAUAAUUCAGCUCAAAGAAUACCUAAUUCUGAAAUAAAUAAUCAGAGUACCUUACCAAUAAUUAAUCUUGGUCAUGGUACUGGUACUAUUGAUAAUAAUAAUAGUAGUAGUAGUAGUAGUAGUAGUAGUACGUUACUACAACACAAUUCUAAUUCAAUGCAUCAUCAAAAUAAUUCAUUUAAUACAAUAAUUACACCAACGGUACCCCCCUCACCUCGAGUACCUAAACUUACAAUACAUGCUCAUUCUGAAACAAAUAAAGAACACCGAAAACAUCGUACGCACAAAACGGAAAAAAUAAAAAAACAUAAAAAGAAAAAACGAAGAAGAAUAUCCGAUAGCAGUGACAGUGGAGAUGACUGCAGUGAUCCAGACUUUAUGGUGUAG